AUGGUAAAAGCAAAACGGAAAGUGUUUGAUUCCGGUAAACAACGAGCAACUGGAUCUGAUAUUACGAUUGAUAAUGUUAUAAAUGCUCGAAAGGAACGCGAAAAGCUUGGUGGAACGUUUCCAAGACCUAAGACAAGUUGGCGUGAAAAACAUGAAACAUUCGUUAAUGCUGUGUCAACAUCUAAACAAACGAAUAAUUCACUUCGUGCUGAUACACCUUUUUCAGUAGUACCAAAAGAUUACGUCAAAUGCGAAUAUUGUGAACGUAGUUUUAAUAAAGCGGCAGCAGAACGGCAUAUUCCAUUUUGUAAAACGCAACAAAAAAAGAAAGGACCAAUAAAGAUACAAAAGAUAAGAUCACAGCAAUCUAAUGCAACAAUGAUACGAUCAGAAGCUAAUGACUGUCAUCGAUUAACUAAUAAAUCGUUAAGUCGUGAUAACAAGAUGAAUUCGAAGAAAAAUGACUAUCAUUCAACAAUAUCAGAACAUCGUUCAAGCAUUUCCUCAAGACGAUCUGGUUCAUCGCAGCGAUUAAAUGUUAAUAAUAUAAGUGAAAAUGAUCGACGAAGAGAGAGGAGCUUAUCAAGAAAAAGAAAUAAUUCUGCUACACAUUCAACCAAUAAAUUCAUUAAACAAAUAAGCAGUGCAUCAGAACGAGAACGGACAAAUUCAUUGGGCUUAUAUCGAGCUAUUAAUCGAGAACAAACAUCUGCGCCAAUGUCUCGGCAAUCAUCGCUUACAAGAAAAGACAAUGGGACAGAAAAAAAAAGUUAA